GAACAACUACUAACGAAGAAGAAGAGCAGCGCAGCCUUUUCCGUGAGCACGCGGUACGUCCGGCCUUUCCAACGGAGCUCAGAGACGGAACAUGGCCAAGAUAAAGGCAAGAGAUCUUCGGGGCAAGAAGAAGGAAGAGCUGCUCAAGCAGCUCGACGACCUGAAAAAUGAACUGUCUCAGCUCCGAGUGGCCAAGGUGACCGGAGGAGCUGCUUCCAAGCUCUCCAAAAUCCGUGUUGUCCGUAAAUCCAUCGCCCGCGUCCUGACGGUCAUCAACCAGACACAGAAAGAGAACCUGAGGAAGUUCUACAAGGGGAAGAAGUACAAGCCUCUGGACCUGAGACCCAAGAAGACCCGAGCUCUGCGGCGCCGACUCAACAAGCACGAGGAGAGUCUGCGCACCAAGAAGCAGCAGAAGAAGGACCUGCUGUACUCCAUGCGCAAAUUCGCUGUCAAAGCUUAGAGGCUUUUUCUAUUGGCUAAAUAAAAUCUGUGUAAAAAGACCA